UUUCGCCCCAGCUCCUCAAACAGCCUCAGUACGCCCCUGGAAAUGUCUAUGUUUAAUAUCUUUGUUUGAUGGAUCAUCAAUUCAGCAAGCUUAUAAAAUAGUGCACAUGAAGCCUGGAACUUCUGUGAAAGCCUUUUGUCUUCCCACCCAGAUGUCGCUGUAGGGAGCCGGGCUGUGUAGUUGGGGUAGUACAGUGUGCGCUCUCUCUUUUACACCGCAUGCUCAGUGUGUGUGUGUGUGUUUUUUCUAUCCUACGUUUGACCCUUGCCACUAUUUCCUCCGCACCGCCGCUCUCUAUAAAGUGCCCAUGCUUGUCCUCACGCAGUCUCUUUCCCCGGCCACAAAACAACCGUGAGUGUCUAACUCACUGUUCUUGAAAAAACUUAAAAUAAAAUUAAAUAAAAAUAUAAAAUCUACAAAACCUUUAUAAAAACAAGUACCGUAAUAGCUACUUAAAGAAAAACAAACGUUGAUUAAAAAUAGUAAAAUAUUAAUAACAAAAAAAAACAAAAACACUUGAAACAGGAGGCAUCGGGCAUAUCCCGAAGUUUGCGUCUUUUAAGGAAGAAACACUUCAGGAGAUAUCGAUUUAUCUCGUGAUUUUUCAGGUUGAUAUUGUCUAAGCGCGCUGGAACAGAGAGCCAGCUGUCAGUGUCUUUAUUAUCUGAAGCGCAGUUUGGACCCAGACUACAGUUCAUACCGGCUUUUUUCUCACGCUAUUUGAGGGGAAGCUUCGCGUUCUUACAUUUAGUGAAUUCCAAGAUAUGAACACAGCAGCUACCGGGAGUUAUCCGAUGGCUUCUCUCUACGUUGGCGACCUGCACCCCGACAUCACGGAGGCUAUGCUGUAUGAGAAAUUCAGCCCUGCCGGACCGGUGCUCUCCAUUCGGGUAUGCCGAGACAUGAUCACCCGGCGAUCCCUGGGAUAUGCUUACGUGAACUUCUCCCAACCUGCUGAUGCCGAGAGAGCCCUGGACACGAUGAACUUUGACGUGGUGAAGGGAAAACCAAUCAGAAUCAUGUGGUCCCAAAGAGAUCCCUCUCUCAGGAAGUCUGGAGUGGGCAACGUGUUCAUCAAGAACCUUGACAAGUCCAUUGACAACAAAGCACUGUAUGACACCUUCUCUGCCUUUGGAAACAUCCUCUCCUGCAAGGUGGUGUGUGAUGAAAAUGGCUCCAAGGGCUAUGCCUUUGUCCACUUUGAAACCCAAGAUGCCGCCGACCGUGCCAUUGAGAAGAUGAAUGGAAUGCUCCUGAAUGACCGCAAGGUGUUUGUGGGUCGUUUCAAAUCUCGCAAGGAACGGGAGGCUGAACUUGGUGCCAAAGCCAAAGAGUUUACCAAUGUUUACAUUAAGAACUUUGGGGAUGAUAUGGAUGAUGAGCGACUGAAGGAGCUUUUUGACAAAUAUGGCAAAACCCUCAGUGUGAAGGUGAUGACAGACCCCACCGGAAAAUCCAGAGUUGGAUUCGUUAGCUACGAGAAACAUGAGGAUGCUAACAAGGCUGUAGAGGACAUGAAUGGCACAGAUUUCAAUGGCAAGACAGUGUUUGUGGGCCGGGCUCAGAAGAAGAUGGAGCGGCAGGCGGAGCUGAAGAGGAAGUUUGAGCUGCUGAAACAAGAGAGGAUCAGUCGUUAUCAGGGUGUGAAUCUUUACAUCAAGAACCUGGAUGACACCAUAGAUGAUGAGAAACUGCGAAAGGAGUUCUCUCCGUUUGGAUCUAUUACAAGUGCAAAGGUGAUGCUAGAGGAGGGCCGCUCCAAGGGCUUUGGUUUUGUCUGCUUCUCCUCCCCUGAAGAGGCCACUAAGGCUGUGACUGAAAUGAACGGACGCAUCGUUGGAUCCAAACCUCUCUAUGUGGCUCUCGCUCAGCGCAAAGAGGAGCGCAAAGCCCAUCUUACCAAUCAGUACAUGCAGCGUAUUGCUGGCAUGAGGGCAAUGCCUGCUAACGCCAUAUCAAUCAGUUCCAGCCCACCAGUGGCUACUUCAUGCCAGCUGUGCCACAGGCCCAAAAAUAGGACGACAUACUAUGCACCCAAUCAGCUGGCCCAAAUGCGACCCAACCCCAGAUGGCAGCAACAAGGAGGCAGAGGCCAAGGUGGUUUCCAAGGGAUGCCCAGCUCACUGCGUCAGCCCGGACCUCGUGCCAACCUGAGGCACAUGUCACCCGGAAGUGGCACACAGGGACCUCGAGCUGCUGGCCAGGCCAUGGCUCCUCGUCCCUCAAUGGGAGUCCCCGGCCCCCGUGCUAUGCCUCCUUAUAAAUAUGCCACCGGUGUCCGUAACCCAAACCCCCAGGUCGUGCAACCUAUUGCUUUGCAGCAGGCUCAGCCGGCUGUGCACGUUCAGGGCCAGGAGCCCCUCACUGCCUCAAUGCUGGCUGCUGCACCCCCCCAAGAACAGAAACAGAUGCUAGGAGAGCGUCUUUUCCCACUGAUUCAGUCAAUGCAUGCCAACCUGGCAGGAAAGAUCACUGGCAUGUUGCUGGAGAUUGACAACUCUGAACUGCUACAUAUGCUGGAGUCUCAUGAAUCUCUGCGAUCAAAGGUGGAAGAAGCUGUUGCUGUUCUACAAGCCCACCAGGCAAAGAAAGAUGCCACUCAAAAAGUGGGUAGCAUGGCUACAACUGCUGCUGCCACCACGUCCUGAGAGCUGCUUGCAGUAGUAAGAUGGACACAGAAAACUGAGCAGAAGUGGGGAGAGACUUUCGACGCUGACUCCAAACGCUGACUCCUCUGGACAAAUGUGCACAGAUAUUAAAAAAGAAAAAGAAAAAAAAAAGGAAAUUUAAUUCUUAAAAUCUACUUUAACAUUUGAAAAUGUUACAUUUCAUAAUUUUCUAGUUCUGUAAUUAUUUUAAACUGCAAACCAAAAGAAAUACUGCUAAAGAGUUUUGAAUAAGGCCCUUGAUUCUGUGGCAAAGGAGAGAAACCUUUUUCUAAAAGGAAUAUGAGCCUUGUUCUUUUUCUUUGCUUGACAGUUUUAUGUUUGAUUUGAAAUGACGGGCUCCUCCAUCCUAUCAUGUUAUCAUGGGUGUGUGGUAUUCUUAAUAAAGGGAUGAUACAUCAAGGUUA